UUGUUAUGUCACUCUUUUUUGACCUCAUUAUUUCUUCUUCUGUUUCUCUAAUUACACACCUCUUGCCAAUUAUAGUGAAAUAGUAGUAUUAAGAUUUAAGAACAAAGUAUGGCUCAACAGAAUGAGGGGUGGCCACUGGGUUUACAGCCAUUGAAUGGGAGGAGGAUUGGGGACAACUUUGGAUCAAUGUCAUUCAACACCUUGCUUACUGGUUCUCCUACUUCUUCUACAAAUUCUUCAUCUGAUUUAGACACAGAGUCCACAGGGUCAUUUUUCCUUGACAAGAGUACUACACUUGGGAGCCUAAUGGGAGUCAAUGGCAUUGUAGAGCUAUCUAGAAAAUCAAUAAGAGAAGCCAAAUCAGAAAUCUUCAAAACCAAGAAAGAUCAGAACAAGUACUUCAAUUUCAGCUCAUGCUUAUUCUGUCUAUGUUCAAGGAACAAAGAUCAUGAACUUGAUAACCAGAAAAACAAUCCUCCAUCUCUUGGUCAAUUUCUUGCCAUUGAAAGAAGAACUACUAAUGGAAUAAAUAGAAGAAACCACCAAAGCAAUCAUGUGUUUUGCCAUGAUGAUGAGUUGAAUGAAACCAAUAAUGCAGAAUCAAAUUCGUUAUUUGUGAAUGGCACAGUUGCUCCUCCUCUGUCUAUAAGGCAGAGUGUUGAAACAAAGAGAGAAAGUAUGGUAUUAGAGCAACAGAAAAAUGGAUUUGGUUCAAUUGGAGAGUUGUUUUCAUGCAUGUUUCGACAAAAUAUAUAGCAUGUAUGAUUAGAUAUGGUAUCUAGAAUUUCCUACUCUAGAAUUUUAUUAGA